CUCGACUACGUGGAGACUUGAAGACGUGAAUACCUAUACCGCUAUACUAGAACAGCCAACAGUCCAGCCCACAGUCAUCAAUCCGGGGAAAGCUACGUUCCGAGGAACUUAUCGGAACAUCUCCCAGGGGAAAAGGGAAACACAUCCCCAUUCUCCCCCUUGCCCAACUUCCAAUAUAUUCUAUUCUAUACUCGAAUUCACUCGAAUUACACUCGACUGCUCUCAUGAGGUCAAGCCGAUGAUCCCCGCUUCCAUGACAGGCAACGGACUUCUUAUCGCGCCAUGUCGGACUCUGUAGACCGCGUCUUCGUCCAUGCCCUCAAUACCGUUAAGCGGAUUCCCCGGACGGGGACCGCGCGCCCUCCCGCCGCCGAGCGCUUGAAGCUCUAUGGCUUGUACAAGCAGAGCAUGGAGGGGGAUGUCGAGGGUGUAAUGGAUCGUCCGAUUGGGAAUACUCCCGAGGUACAUUCUGAGUGUGAGAAGUGGGAUGCAUGGUACGCUCAGCGCGACAUGUCGCGCACCGAAGCCAAACGCCGCUACAUCUCCACCUUGAUCGAUACAAUGCACCAGUACGCAUCGCAAACGCCCGAAGCGCGCGAACUCGUUUCUGAGCUUGAGUUUGUCUGGGAUCAGAUCAAGUUCAAUACCGCUUCUUCGUCUUCUUCUAGUCCGCUUAACACCGUUGGCGUUCCGCCCUUAUCGCGCAGUGCUUAUGGGAGUAUAGGGAGUCGGUUGGCGCAGUCAACUGAGGACUUUGAACGUCCUGAUCGGAGGGGUGAUAUUACCACCCAUCGAGAUCGGGAUUCCCGUUUACGGGUUCUCAGUCCCGUUAGCCAGCCCGAGGAAGAGGAAUAUUAUCGACGGAGGCCUAUAGACGAUGAAGGUCAGGAUCCUAAUGACGAUGACGAGGAAGAUGAAGAGUACGAAGAAGCCCGCGAUAGCUUGUAUGAAGACCAAGACCCAGAUCAAGAACCCGAUCAUGCCAGCACCAAUACCAAUACUAAUACUGAUGCCGACGCCUCACAUCGACAUCGCAAACAUGCCUCUGCAAUAAGCAUAGGCAGCAGUGGUCUUCACCGUCGAGACUCCCAGUCCCGAGGUGACCCUGUCAAUCCUCGGAAUAGCCGCUGGCGCCGUCGAGUCGAGCAGGCCUUAACGAAAAUGACGGCUGAGAUUGCUGCCGUGCGCGAGCAGAUGGAGGCGCGUUCUGUUGCUCAGCGCAGGCGAUCGGGUCUGUGGGCUUGGGUCAAGUGGAUGCUGUGGAUUGCUGUGCGGCAGAUUCUGUGGGAUCUGGCUAUGCUCGGCAUGUUGUUGAUUUGGAUGCGGUUGCGUGGUGAUCGUCGUGUUGAGGCUCGGCUUAAGACUGGCUGGGCUGCAUUGAAGGUUCGGCUGGCGAAGCUGAAGCUUAAGAGGGUUGAUAUGCCUAUCUUGCCUUGAAUAUUUGGGUUUAUAUCCGUUUUCUUCUUUGCAUUAC